AUUUUAAGCAAACUAGAGUUUUUAGGAAAGGGAAGUAAAUUAUAAAAUUAUCGAUUGCAAAUACUUGGUAAUAUUGAAAAGAGACCCAAUAUGGGCGACUACAAGACAAAGCUGGUAAUUGCUGCUAUAGAUUUCGGAACAACUUACUCCGGAUAUGCAUAUUCCUUUCGACAUAUCUUAAAAAAGGAUCCAUUAAAGACAUACGAAAACAUUUGGACAGACGAUAAUGGCAAGUUACAGACAUCUAAAGCGCCUACUACUGUCCUUUUUGAACCAAAUGGGGAAUUCCACUCGUUUGGAUAUGAGGCGGAAAAAAAGUAUGCCGACUUAGCUGAUGACGACGAACAUCAUGGAUGGAAGUACUUCAAACAUUUCAAGAUGAACUUGCAUGGACAAACACGUCUGAAACGCAACUUAAAACUGAGAGAUGAUCAGGGGAAAAAGAUGUUGGCUAUAGAUGUUUUCGCUGCAGCAAUCAAGUUCCUUAAAGAACAGCUUUUUGAACAGUUAACGUUAAAGGUGAAAGAUAUGGAAGAAACUGAUAUUUACUGGGUUAUAACUGUUCCAGCAAUUUGGCAAUACAGUGCAAAACAGUUCAUGAAGGAGGCAUCUCUAAAAGCUGGUAUACCAGCUGAUCAGUUUACAUUCGCACUCGAACCAGAAGCAGCGGCGAUUUAUUGCAAGCAAUACGAAGCGUCUAAAUGUGUGGACGAAGAUGGAACAACAACCAUUAAAUCUUUUGCGCCUGGCUCACAGUUCAUGGUUCUGGAUCUUGGAGGUGGCACUGUCGAUAUAACAUCGAGUGAAGUUCAGGCAGAUGGUGCGUUGAAGGAACUGUACCCUCCAAGCGGCGGACCAUGGGGUGGAACUUUGGUAGAUCGAGAAGUAUACGACUUCUUUGAAGCCGUUCUUGGGAGCGAUGUCUGGGAAAUGUUCAAAUCCACAAAGAAGCUAGAUGCCCUUGAACUUGCUGCAACGUUAGAAAUGAAAAAGAGGCAAUGUAAGGCGAAGUCAUCAGAAGAAAUUACAAUAUCUCUGCCAAAUUCCUUAUAUACUUUGUAUCACAAAAUCAAAGGCAAGGAUCUACAAAGCGAUUUGGGAAUAGGUCAGUUUGUCAAGACGGUUAGAAUGAGAAAUGAUAAACUCCGUGUUGGGAAUGACAAAUUUAAAGAACUGUUUGAAAAUGCCAAACUCUUGUUGCUUGAACAUUUGGAAGAACUUUGUGAUAAACCAGAACUGAAAAAUGUAUCUACGUUGAUGAUGGUCGGUGGAUUUUCAGAGUCGCCGAUCAUGCAUAAGGCAGUUAUGGAAGCUUUUCCAAACAAGCAUGUGAUCAUACCGCAGGAAGCAGGAACCAUAGUAAUGAGAGGGGCAGUUAUAUAUGGUUUCAAGAAAGAAAUAAUUCAUUCGAGAAAAAUACCAUUUUCGUAUGGUAUUUCUUCAGCGGUUCCAUUUGACCCGAGAAAACAUCCGGCAUAUAUGAAACGUAUGAAUGGCUUCGGUUUCGAAAGAGCUGAGGAUGUUUUUCACGAGUUCGUCAGAAAAGGACAAACGGUGAUUCAGGGUGAAACGAAGAUUCGACAUUCUUUUAUGACAUCAAAUGAUGAUACUGCUUCUGUUGAAAUUUAUCAGACACCGGCAGACAAAUUGCCAGAUACCAGUUACACAUUUUGGCCGGAAUUUGAGAGAAUCGGAGAACUAAGUCUUGUUCCAAAGAAAGAUGGAAGACAACAAAUUGAUGUUACAAUGUCUUUUGGUGGUAUUGAGUUAGAGGUGGAAGCUAAAGAACACGGGACGCAGAAUAAAGUGAUUGCAAAGUUUGAUUUUCUUACGUAAACAAAUUUAUUUGUGCACAUUUAUCGUACCUCGACUGGAACCUCUGUAUCCAGAGUGUAUUAUUUUCCCAACAACCAUGAACAAAGACAUUCAUAUACUAAAUGGCAUAUACUGCAGAACAGAAAAGCCACUUAAAGUGAAAAAAUAUGUCUGAGCGAUAACUAUGUAUUUUUCUCUAUUAGAAACGCUGUUUUAUUAAUCACUUAUUGAUAAGUAAGAGCAGUAUUUUAUUUUCAUGUCAAUGAUGUUAUGGAAUAUGCGGUAAAUGAAGACAACAGAUUGUUAAGAUAUUUGACCCUGGUGUUUCAAAUAAGUAACUAAUGUACAAUGUUAGUCCGUCUGUUGCUGUUACAACUUGUAUUGUUGUUAUUGAUGGAGUGUUGUACUGUCUCAUGAUUAAUUGAAAAAAUAACGCUUAUACCUCAUUCUGAACGCCUCGUACAAAAAACUAAAAACAACAAACAACAAAACAACAACAAAAAAUAAAAACAAUAAAUAUGAAUAAGAUCAUACUGUAUUUAUAAAAUUUGUUCAGUAUUAGGGAGUAACUGUUGAUUUGCUAUAUUUUAUAAUUAUAUAUUGUUAUCCUACAUAACACGAUAACAUACAUUGUACAUUAUUUAUACUUCUAACAUUUUUUUCCUGACACGUAAUUCAUUUUUGCUUUAAUUUCACAUUUCACCAAAAUGUAAAUAAGAUGGUCAUUUGUUUUCUUUGUUUUCGUUUAUAUGUAUAUACAUUAUACGCACAUGACUUACUAUUUGCAGGUGUGGUUUCGGAAAAGCAUUUAUAUUUAAUGCCAAAACAUUCAAUAUUUUGUUUAAAUGUUAAUCACUUGAAUGGCGCAUAUAUAUUUGAAAAAAUAAGCUGCACAACAAGCCGAUUCAUUAAAUUGAUUUGUACAGGCAUGAUCAUCAUUGUAGUAUAUAUUUUUUAUUUUCUUGAUACUUGUUCAAUAGGCAAGACCAUUGCUAUAACGAAACAUUUUUACAGAAUGAAACUAAUGACUGAACUUUGUCUGUCUUAAAUCAUUUCAAAAGUAGAUAAGUAUAAAUUCUGUAGUAAUUUAAAAAAUAAAAAUGAAUAUUUACGCAGAAAUACAUACAUUUCUGUAGGGUAAAAAAUGUCGAGUAAACGAUCGAAAUAGUAUUCGUACGAAAACCCUUUCAAAGCCUAGAAAAUAAACAUACAAAGUAAUA